AAAAAUGAUUACAAAAUCUGAAUCUUUUGCCAGCAAAGAAAACAAGGAGUGAGAUGAUUGAACGCAAUGAGUUCAGCAUCAUGAGCUUGAUGGAAUCAGGAAACACAAUAUCGGAGAAUCGGAAUUCCUAAUAAGGAAAUAAAGAGAUCAAUGUUCUCAUUGUCUACACUGGAGGUACCUUUGGAAUGGCUCCAAGCGAAGAUGGAUACAAACCAGCAACGAAUCUACUAGGAAAUCUUCAUUCGAUCAAGUUAUUUUAUGAUAAAGAGUAUACUAAGGCAACAAAUAUUCCUGGAACUUCAUGUACCCCUCAGACUUGGUUUAAGCAGAGAUUAAGGUACCAUUUGUUAGAGUAUGAACAUCUCAUCGAUUCUUCAGAAUUAAACAGUAGACAUUAUGGCCAAAUAGCUGCCACAAUUGAAGAGAAUUACGAUAAUUAUGAUUCUUUUAUUAUCAUCUAUGGAACAGAUACAAUGGCUUAUAUGGCAUCUCAACUUUCUUUCAUGUUUGAGAACCUUGACAAAACUGUGGUAAUCACUGGUUCCCAGAUUCCUCUCGCAGAGUGGAGAAAUGAUGCUGAGGCUAACCUGAUAGGUGCACUCACAGUAGCUGAGCAUCGAAUCCCUGAGGUUACUGUAUUCUUCAACGGUAAACUAUUCAGAGGAAAUAGAGUCUGUAAAGAAAGCUCAGCCAAGCUGAACGCUUUCAAUAGCCCAAAUAUUCCUGAACUUGCUAGUUUUGAUGUAUUCCUUCAUUAUAACAAAAAUUUGAUAAGAAAACAAACUUCUCUUAAUGCUAAGUUCAAUGUCUUCAAGCUCCUAGAGAGAAAGAUAGCUAUUAUAUUCGUGCAUCCGCUGAUCACUUCCUCUAUUUUCUUAAGUUACUUCAAAAGAGCUAAGGCUAUUGUCCUUCAGACUUACGGAAUGGGAAACUUCCCCAUGAGCAGAGUAGACCUCCUCGAGAUAAUCGAAGAUGCUAUCCUUAAGUACAAGAAAACAGUUGUCAUUGUCAGUCAAUGCAGAAGAGGAUUUGUAAGAGGUAGCUAUUCAAGCUGAGUUGAACUCAAAUAAACUAGGAGCUAUCCUUGCAGAAGAUAUGACCAUCGAAGCCGUUAUCGCUAAACUUUCCUAUGUCAUCGGCAAAGGAUACAAAGGCAAUGAGAUACAAAAGAUGAUGCUCAAAGAUCUAAGAGGGGAAAUCAGCAUUGAAGAUGAAGAGGCUAAGAGUCAAGAGCAGCAGGCUUUAAUUUCAAAGAUUCUCACACUUGCUGGAAGCAGCAUUGAAGGAGAUAAGCCCGAAGACCUAAACAAAGUUGCCGAGAUGCUCCAACCGAUUCUUGCUCAUACAGCAAUUGAGGAAUCAAACAUCGAGAAACUUACCAAGAUAAUAGAGAAUGGAUACAAUAUCAAUCAAAAUGACAAAUUUGGGAAUACACCUUUGCAUUUUGCCAUUCAGAAUGAGAAAAUAGAAAUAGUAGACUUCUUGCUCUCUCAAGAUAACAUCAAAGUUGAUGUGGAGGAUAGUCAAAAGAAUUCUCCAUUAUACUACGCAUGUUUACAAUCAAAUGAGGAAAUCUUUUCAAAAUUGGCCACAAAAGGAGCUAAACUGCUUACAGAGAAGUCUAAAAUCGCUGAAAUUCUCUGAAUGAAAGCCAGAAUGGGCGACCUAGCUUCUCUUAAGCUCUUCUAUAAAGCAGGAGUCGACCUCGAAUCUAAGAAUUAUGAACAAAGUACCAUUGCUCAUAUAGCUGCAGUUGAAGAGAGUGAAGAAAUCCUAACUUUCCUUGCUCAAGAUACGAAGUUUGACUUUAGCAUAAAAGAUCGAAAUCAAAAAGAGCCCUUAGAAUGCCUUAAAAACCAGACUAUUGUUGAAAAGAUUCAGCAACUGUGUCAGUCUAGAAAGGAGAACUUCACUGAAGGAAGCGUAGACAAUAACUAACCCAAUAUCAGAUCAGUCUGAAGAUUAGAGAAGUACUUGCUUAGUUCUACACAAGAUUCACUAAACCAUACUUGAAUCCCAUUGUAAUUCUCAA